AUGCUAUUCAAUCUCGAGACUGCGCGGAUAUCCGCCCUACCAGACGAUGCAUUCUACAUUUCCGACUUCAUCACCGAAGAGGAAGAAACCCGACUCCUCCAAAAGAUCUCAUCCGCGCCCCUUCCCCGCUGGACCCAACUCACCCACCGCCGCCUACAGACCUGGCCCUCAGCGCUAACAAAAACGAACAUGCUCCUCGCAUCUCCGCUCCCACAAUGGCUCGUCAAUCCUAUCAUCGAGCCGCGGCUGAAUGACCUCGGCAUCUUUCGUGAUGCGCCGCAUCAGGCACCGAACCAUGUCCUUGUUAAUGAGUACAAGCCCGGCCAGGGGAUUAUGCCGCAUGAGGAUGGGGCAGCCUAUUAUCCGCUCGUGGCGACGGUUAGUCUGGGGGCGGGGAUUGUGUUGGAUUUAUACCCGAAGGACUUUCCAGAGCCACAACAACGCCGACAAAUCCACACCGAAGCCACCGAUCACGAUUCCAGCGCAGAGCGGAAACCACAGUACCGAAUCUUCCAGGAACGGCGAAGUCUACUCGUGACCCGCGGCAAGAUCUACACGGAUUUCCUACAUGGAAUCGCAGAGACGAGACGGGACGAGCAUCUGGGCCCGGAUACGAUCUGCAAUUGGGGUUUACUGCGAGACCGGCACGCCUUGCGGGAUGGGUGGCUCCAGCGCGAGACGCGGACGAGUCUGACGUAUCGCGAUGUGCUGAAGGUGGCUGCGGUGGGGAAUACUAUGAAGUUUCUGGGAAGGGGAUCAUAA